AUGAUAUAUAAAUCUUUCAUUUAAAACCACAAAAUGGUGAGUAAUGUUGAGAAGGAAGAAGAAAGGAAGAUUAUGAGGAAGAAGAGGAGGAAGAAGAGGAGGAAUAGGAUUUAAAUGAAGGAAAAUAACAGGGACAAAGUUUUAAAUCAUAUUAUUCGUUAUUUCUUUCUUUAUUCAGUAUUUCCUUAUUCCUUUCUUUAUUUUCGUUUACUUCCUCCUCUUAUCCCUUUUCUGCCAGAGGAGGAAGGGGAAGAAAGGAGGAUGAGGGUGAGGAAGACGAGGAAGAGGAAGAGGAUUAAAUUUCUUUCAUCUUUCUUAGACAGUCCUCAGGAUGUCAACAUUGUAUAAUGGUACAGUGUUGAGACAGGGACGGUCGCGUUAUAAUUCACUAAUUGAGGUUACUUUUGAUAAAUAAACAACUAGUACGGAGUCUUUUAAGUAUUUUACAUUAUCUUAUACCGGAAAAUAUUAAGGAAAAGUGGCGUAAAUAAGAAAAAAAAGGCAAAGAUUAGAGAUGUGGGAUUUUAUAACUUGUGGUAUCUUAAAAUACUAGUAUAAGAUAAACCCUAUGCAAAACGAAUAAUAUAACCUUUAUUAAUCAUCAUAACCUAGAAAACCGAUAAAUAUAUAUAUAAAAACCAGUGUAAUUAGUAAAAAACAAAAAAACUGUCCCUGGGAAGUGAGACGGCCCACAGAGUCGCGCCAAAAACGUGGAUCUACAGGCCAGGCAUCUUAUGUUUAACCAGGUGUACAAGGUGCUGGCUUUCAAGGGCUCCUCCACACCUACAGACACACGCACACACCACCAGAUACAGGAAGAAUUAAUUGAUGAGCUACAGAACUACAGCAUCGUUCAGGUGGCAGCCGGAGACCAGCACUCUCUUGCUCUCACCUCCUGGGGCCUGAUCUACGCACGGGGUGACAAUGGGUACGGUGAGCUUGGCGUCAACUCCUGCGACAGUCACACCGCCACACGCAAGCUUGUCAAGAGUCUGGCCAGGAAGGUGACAGUGCAGCUGGCCUGUGACGCCAACCACACCCUUGCCUUGACUGCUGAUGGUGACAAAAUACCUUGGGCCAGUUGGCACUUAGACACUGACAGGGGCCCCAGAAGGACCCUGCCCUGGUGACCUCCUUGGCUGGCACCCUCUUAGUCCUGCUGGCCGCUGCGGGUCACCACUCUGCUGCCGUGACCCAGGCCGGCUACCUGCUGUUGUGGGGGUCAAACAAGCAGGGUCAACUGGGCUAUACUCCCAAGGGUGAUCCUCUUGUUAGUGACACCCCAGCGUUGGUGCCAAAUUUUGCCUGUUAUUCUGAACCAAUUGGGUAUGUGGCACUUGGGGAGAGCCACACAGCGGCACUCAACUCUUUAGGGAAGCCUCUCCCUUGGCCAAGUCAGCACCGAGGCAGAGUUGAUUGAUAUACAGGUGUGAAUUCAGCUGCCUCUUCGCUGUUCCCGUUGCCAGGAUACCAUGUGAUCGAGGCAGUGUUGGGGAAGGUGAAAUUAUCCAUCAGGUGUGACGUGUGCUGCUUCACUCCAUCCCAUGAACAGUUGCCCACAGGAAUCUCUACCACAUCAGGCCUGACAUACUCAUUGCAAUCAGGGAGUCGAGUUUCAUCAGGAAGAGAGGCUGUGUCACUACCUGUAAGCCUGACGAGGUGUUUAAUCAGGAAGAGGGGCCGAGUCUUGCUACCUGUAAGCCUGACAAGAGGAGUCAAGGAAUUUUUCAUUGCAAUCAAGGAAGAGUCAAGUUGUAAGAAGAUUGUAAGGCAAGAAUUUUAAGCAGGAAUAAUUGUCAAGCAGUUAACAGCAGGAAGAAUGCAGCGAGAAAAGGGUACAAGAGUUUUCAAGUAAGAAGAUUGUAAGGCAAGAAUUUUAAGCAGGAAAAAGUAAGGUAAGAAUUUUAAGGAAUAAUUGUCAAGCAGUUAACAGCAGGAAGAAUGCAGCGAGAAAAGGGUACAAGUUUUCAAGUUGUAACAAGAUUGUAAGGCAAGAAUUUUAAGCAGGAAAAAUAGUCAAGCAGUUUAGCAGCAGGAAGAGUCCCUUCAAGCUGUUGGUGGGAGUGACAAGCAUCCUUCAGGACUUGCAAAGGCUGAAGUCCUCAACACUAGUCUCACUCAAGUUGACACAGGAGCUCUCUGACACAAGGAAAACAAAUCAUUUAUCCUAUUGUGUAUUUAUUAAACUUUUGUGAUUAAACAA